AUGGCCAGCACCGGCAGCCCGAAGAAACUCCUCGUCGGCUAUGUGCCCGAGCACUUCUCCGCGCCCCUGCUCCAGCUCCUCGAGGCCGACAAGGAGCUGGCAGAGUGGGUCGAGCUCGUGCCCAACCCGAGCGGGACCGGACAGAUGAUCAGCGCGCUCAAGGAGCGCUCCAUCCAUCUCGCCGUCGCACUCACCGAGUCGCUCAUCGCCGGCAUCAUCCUCGCCAAGGGGGACUACAAACUCAUCGCCACCUACGUCACCAGCCCCUUGAACUGGGCCGUCAUCACUGGCGCUGACACCAACUACAAAUCGAUCGCCGACUUGAAAGGCCAGAAGAUGGGCAUCAGUCGCCCAGGAUCUGGAUCACAAGUGAUGGCCUCAGUCAUGGCAUUACAGCAAGGCUGGACUAACUCCACCGACUCCGCAUUGCAAUUCGUCGUCAAAGACUCCUUCAAAAAUUUGCGAGACUCGGUCAACGAUGGAUCCACUGCUGCAUUCAUGUGGGAAUGGUUCACCACCAAGCCUUACCAAGACUCCGGCGAGGUGAAGUUUAUCGGCAACCAACCCACACCCUGGGAAUCUUGGUAA